AUGUUAAAUCAGGAGCACUGGGUAUUGGUAACCAACCGGGCUGUAGAAGCUAUGAAGAAGAAUUUGAAACAGGCGUCGUUUGUGGGCCAAUGCAUGCAUGAUGUUCCCCGUCGUUCCUGCGCGUUCUUGGGCGGUGCCACUACCAAAAUUUAUAUUGUGAAUGUCCCCGCCGCUGCAGGUAAAGAAGAUAUCAAGGAUUAUGAGGAUCUAGACGUCACCAUGUGGAUGCCUCACUGGCCAUUUAUGUGGGAUCAUGUUGCUGCGUUUGACGCACAGUUUUGUCAAACCUACGAACGUAGUUUGCCCGGAACCUCCAUCACUUUUCAAUAUGUUUUAUUCCACUAUUCCCAGUCAACAAUCCGUGGUAUAGCGGAUGCCGACAACAAUUUUGUAAGAACGCUCCUACGUCAACGGGGCAUUACUCGCUUGCUUCCUUGGUAUGGGGAAAUUCUCAUUGCCAAAUAUUUCUUUAAACUACUUCCCGACGAAAUUCUGGGUCUCGUCAUCAAUGAUUCCUCUUGGUCCGCGUGGAUGGCUUUAAACUACACCAACAUGCGCCUGAGGAGGCUGGUGCAAGAAUCCGUCCGUCGUCGCAUCAAACACUUUGUUGGACUUUUUUUCGCUGACGCCCUGGAAAUUUUUUUCCACCUGCUGGGCAGUAACAACGCCUUGAUCACGGGGCCGCUCGUCCGAUGCAUCAUGUCUGUGGACAAUCCCAUAUACACACAGGUGUACCCUAUCCAGCUCGACAUCAUUCUACCAAGGCGUUACGCUUUCGGUUCUUUUGAUUCCUUUGUCCGUUCCCAAGGAUAUCAUGGAGAAAACACUGGAAACGUGGAAAUGUCACUGCGUAAGGGCUUGAAAAGAUUUCAUACAUAUCUCUCGUGGAAUGGCGUAAUGAAAGUCUGUUUGCUUUUAGCAACUGAUGAUAAAACGUUACCUGGCCUCCUCUCUGCGCCGUCGUCGUCGCAAAUGUUUGCGUUGUCACACACGCGGCUAUACUGCUUCUACCCGCAGUUGUUCGCCAAAAGACAAUUUUUGUAUAUUCGGAAUGAUGUGGACGAUAUUAUCAUGCCACCGUACGAGGAGUUCAACUUCGGCCUUUGGAACAGAGAUGGCUUGGUUUUGUCGGAACCUUGCGGCGAAACAUGCCCCGUUCUAUGGAGGAGGAUCACCGCUGGAGGUGGUGUGGCGAUUAUGCGUUGGGGAGGAUUUCAUGGGGACAAGGACUAUGGCAAGCACGUCUCACCACCUGAUUAUUUUGUACAAUCUGAAAAAUCGAAGUUUGACCACUUAUUAUCCGAAUACAAUCUGGGGCCUGUUGACAAUGUCUUGAGCUUACUGCGACAUUCACGAGGUGUGGUGUUCGGAUCGAUGGCAUUGGGCGUUAUACAAGAUCUAUUAUUCGAGCCGCAUGAUCUCAACCUCUUGGUGGGGUGCCAGGGCCGUCGGUCUAUCGAACGUUACAUUCAGAAUCAUGGUUAUAGGCUGGUUCAAGAACAAACGGGUAAUAUGGGGUCAACGGUGUCGUGCUUGACAACCUAUUCCCACAAAGUGACACACAGGCAGAUUACCCUGACGGUCUCUCGGGCACAUUCCACUCUAGCUCCUCUGAUUCAAGCACCUUCUACGCUUCAAAUGAACUUCGUUUCUUGGUAUGGAGCAGUCUGCCUGUACCCGGAGCAGACUUUACAAAACAAAGGCUUAGUACACUUCAGCGAAAAUGAAGAUGGGUUACUCCUGGACCGGUAUGAGCAACGGGGUUAUCGUAUCACUUAUCAAGGCAAUCAUUUGGGCCACUUCUGCACGGCUCAGCCACGAAGUAUUCAAAGCCCUGCUGUUCAUGUCGUCCCUUUUUUACCACUUGAUGAAACACGGACGGCUAUAAAGAGCACAGACAUAAUGUGGAGGCUUAAUGGUAAAUGUUGUGAAGAUUUUGCCAGAUGUGCUGUCUUCGUAGACGUGAGGAAUUACGAAGUUGUCGAAGUGCACACGCCUGCUGACGAGAAUAAAGAAACAUUCACAUCCCUCAUUCGCCCAUUCCUCCCUCCUAACGAGUUUUUGGCAAUAAUGCGGUCCUGCGAUGUCGUUGUUGUUGGUUCUGUGGCCCUCGCCAUGGUUCGACCCAUCGCUUUUACACCCUCUAACCUAGACCUACAAGUGCCUUGCGAUGGGCGACGUGACCUCCACAAGUUUCUCUUAAAACACCGCUACCGCCUAAACUCAUUUUCCAACGACAACACUGGUUCCACUGUCUCACAGAUCUGCUCUUACUCACACCCGUCCCAUGCCUCAUACAUCUCCAUCAUUGUUUCUAGGAACAAAUCGUCUUUGACCCCCCUGUUUCAAUCCCCUUCGACGUUGCAGAUGAACUUCGUUGCCUGGUACGGGGCGGUUUGUCUGUAUCCUGAACUUACGCUACAAUGCAAAGGCCUUGUACAAUUUGAUGAAGACGAGGAUGGUUUAUUUCUCCACAAAUAUCUCGAACGGGGCUACACUUUUCUUCCACAACAAAAUGCUGUUGGUCACUUCUGUGCUUCACAACCGCGUAGCCUGCGCUCACCGGUCACCAUGAUUGUUGGCUUCUACAACCCCGACCAGACUCGACUGGCCAUGCGUAACCUGGAUGUCAUAUGGCGGCUGCGGGGAAAGUGUUGCGACAGUCAGCUCAGGUCAGGUUUAUUCAUCGACGCCUAUUCUCAUGACGUUGUGGAAAUUCAUUCAUCCUCUGAUAUCGGUCCCUAA